CCCGGUCCGGACCCCCAGGGACCGGUCCAGGUCCAGGUUCUGCUGGACCUGCUGCUCGGCGUCUACCAGGAGUUUUCCUGCUCCGGUUUCUGCCAAGAGAAGUUCGUGUCCGGAUUCCUGACGUGGGCCGGGCCGAUAGUGAGGCGAGUGGAGAAGAUGCGAAUCAAAAGAGACGACUUUGACAUCCUGAAGGUGAUUGGCCGAGGCUCGUUCAGCGAGGUUGCCGUGGUGAAGAUGAGACGAACGCAGCAAGUUUACGCUCUAAAGAUUAUGAAUAAGUGGCACAUGCUGAGGAGAGGAGAGACGGCCUGCUACCAGGAAGAGCGGGAGGUGAUGCUGAAGGGAGACAGACGCUGGAUCACUCAGCUGCAUUACGCUUUCCAGGACAACAACCACCUGUACCUGGUGAUGGACUUCUACCCCGGCGGAGACCUGCUGACGCUGCUCAGUAAGUUCGGAGACGUGAUUCCGGAGGACAUGGCUCAGUUCUACCUGGCCGAGAUGGUCAUGGCCGUCGACUGCGUCCACAGGCUGGGCUACGUGCACAGAGACAUCAAGCCUGACAACGUCCUGCUAGCGGCCGACGGACACGUGAAACUGGGCGACUUCGGUUCCUGCCUGAGACUCCAGAGCGAUGGCAUGAUCCGCUCGUUGGUGGCCGUCGGGACUCCGGACUACUUGUCCCCGGAGAUUCUGAGGACGGUGGAGGGAAACGGGGGUUACGGUCUCGAGUGCGACUGGUGGGCUCUCGGUAUCUGCGGCUACGAGAUGCUGGUGGGGACCACGCCGUUCUACGCCGAGUCCAUCUCCGAAACCUACGCUAAGAUCAUUAACUUCCAGGAUAAUUUCCAACUCCCUCCUCCGGACUCUGAGAUGUCGGACGAGGCGAGUUCCUUCAUCUCCGGACUCGUGUGCGACAGGGAAACCCGUCUGGGGAGAAACGGCCUCGGUGAUUUCCGGACCCACCAGUUCUUCUCCGAGAUUGACUGGGAUUCGCUGCACGACCUUCCCGCUCCCUUCCUGCCCGACGUCUCCGGUCCCGCAGACACGUCCAACUUCGACAUCGUAGACGACUGUCUCAGUGAAAUGGAAAUGCUUUCCGACGUCGAGGACGCGACUCCUUUAGGCGUCCACUUGGCUUUUGUUGGAUACUCGUACACCGCUGCCAGUGCCGUCGACUUUGAUCGAGACAUCGUGAUGCAGACGGAGGACACGAAGGUCAAGGAGACGAAGGUCGAGGUGGGAGAUGACCCAUUUCCACCAGGGGAACUGAUGGUCCAGCUUGCAGAUUCUCUGCAGGAAAAGCUUUCUCCCUUGCUAGCAGCUGCAGUUACCCCGCUAGCAGCUGCAGUUACUCCGCUAGGAGCUGCAGUUACCCCGCUAGCAGCUGCAGUUACCCCGCUAGGAGCUGCAGUUACCCCGCUAGCAGCUGCAGUUACCCCGCUAGGAGCUGCAGUUACCCCGCUAGGAGCUGCAGUUACCCCGCUAGCAGCUGCAGUUACCCCGCUAGGAGCUGCAGUUACCCCGCUAGCAGCUGCAGUUACCCCGCUAGGAGCUGCAGUUACCCCGCUAGCAGCUGCAGUUACCCCGCUAGGAGCUGCAGUUACCCCACUAGCAGCUGCAGUUACCCCACUAGGAGCUGCAGUUACCCCGCUAGCAGCUGCAGUUACCCCGCUAGCAGCUGCAGUUAUCCCGCUAGGAGCUGCUAGCGCCUCCACCCACAUCACCAUCGACACUGAAGAGGAGACCAAGCUAACAUCACUGGUUGAUGAACACAUGCAGAGAGCCUUACAUGAAGCGACGAGAAGAUGCAACGAGCUGGAGAAGGAAAGCAUGAGCUUGAAAGAAGAGAUCCAGCACUGGAGAGCAGCCAUGGAAACGGAGCUCGGUAUCUGCCCAGCAUCUCUUGCUAUUUGCUGCCACUGUGUGGAAACACCAGACCAUAAGUGGACGGCGCCCCCUACCUGCCAUUACCCGCUGGUGAUUCCUCUCCACCGCCACCUGCUGCUCUUCCACCGGAUCCGCCUGCCGCAGGUGAGGAGUGAAUCGUACCUGCUAGCGUGUGCUGAAGGGAGUUACUUUAACUCCUGGGAUGGAUGGGGUUUACCCAGAUCUCCUGAACGUUUACCCAGAUCUCCUGAACGUUUACCCAGAUCUCCUGAACGUUUACAAAGACCUGCUGAACGUUUACCCAGAUCUCAUGAAGGUGGAACCUGAAGGAGCAGAGCUGAGCACGAGCUCUUCACCCUCCCCUGCAUCUCAAACGACCAAGAAGAGAGAGAAAGCGGACUGAAGUGUCUUUGUUGUGGACGUUUGAACCGAAGGACACUCCCAGAGUAAAGUCUCCUGCUGGUGCGAGAGGAAACUGCUGAGUUCUGAGUGCGAGGCACAUCUUCUGACCCGUCUUCUGGUCAGUCAGAACAACCUGCAUGAGGUCCAGAAAAACACUGACUUUAGCUUACUUUAACGUGAUUCUUGAGUGACACUGAGAGGACAGGUAUUUUAGACCAUAUUGGUGUAUUUGGAGUCACCCAUUUCUCUGAGAAUCUUCACGUACGAGUUGUGUAGCACGACCGCGGUCGUGUGUCUUUGCUGUGCUGUAAUCAAUGACCAUGUGACCUGGUUUGGUACGAAACACUGCAGGCUUCGCCGGUGUGAAAAAUGAAU